AUGCGAAGACGAGACAACACUGUUUCUGUAACACUCGACAACGAGGCAACACUUUACUACAUGAACGCAUCGAUCGGUACUCCUGGGCAGAACUUCCAAUUACACAUCGACACUGGUAGCAGCGAUCUCUGGGUGAACGUCCCAAACAGUCAGCUUUGCGAACGAUAUAGCUGCGGCGAAUCUGGAACAUACGAUCCAAGGGACUCUUCGACAUACCAAUACCUCAACAGCGAGUUCAACAUCUCUUACGCCGAUGGAUCCGGAUCAUCCGGCGACUACGUGCUCGACAAAGUCGCUUUCGGGGACGUGACACUGGAUAGUCAACAAUUCGGUGUUGGCUAUCAAUCAUCCUCAGAGGAGAGCAUUCUGGGCAUUGGCUACACCCUCAACGAAGUCGCCGUACAAUACGCCAACGGCGGCACAUACCCAAAUUUGCCAGUAAACCUGAUGCUCAACGGCUACAUCAGCACGAACGCUUACAGUCUCUGGCUGAACGAUCUGGACGCCUCCACCGGAUCGAUCCUCUUCGGCGGCGUGAACACCGACAAGUACAUGGGGGAGCUCCAAACCCUGCCCAUCAUCAAGACAUUCGGCUACUACGCCGAAUUCGUCAUCGCACUGACCGCCAUCGGCGGAAACGGCACAGACGGUUCCAUUGCCAACAACAUCAACCUGGGCGCUCUCCUCGACUCCGGUAGCUCUCUCACCUACCUUCCCAACGAUAUCACUCAAACCAUCUACAACCAAGUCGGUGCCUCCUACGACGCGGAGCAACAGGUCGCGAUCGUCGACUGUGACGUUGCUAACUCGGACGCCACUCUCGACUUCACCUUCUCCUCCCCUACGAUCCGUGUGCCGAUGAACGAACUCGUCAUCCUCGCUGGCUACCGCGGUCGGCAACCCAUCUGCAUCUUCGGUAUCGCACCAGCCGGUGGCAGCACGCCUGUUCUCGGCGACACCUUCCUCCGCAGCGCGUACGUGGUCUACGAUCUGACUGGUAACACCAUCUCCCUUGCGCAGACGAAGUUCAACUCCACGACCGACUCGAUUUUGGAGAUUACCAACUCGACCGGUGUGCCCGGUGCGACGGAGGUGCAGAAUGCGGUCACGAGUGUUGCAGUUGCGACGGCCAAAGCCGCCUCCUCGUCCAUAGCGGUCUCGUCGUCGUCGUCAUCCAUGUCCACAUCCUGCUGA